AUACUGAACACUCUCCAGAAGUUUGUGAUUACAGCCUCUUUUUCACGGAUUAUAGAUUAAUUUGGUAUUCAUCAGGUGUGCAGUCUUAUUUCCUGCUCAGAGGGUCGUGGUGGAGCACUACGGAUUACCUGUACUUAAGAGCUGGAUGAUCUGAGAAGAUGCCGGCGUCAUACUACCAAUCCACAGGGGGUACCUUCCCUAGGACAAAUCCUCGCUACUCCACGCCCAACCAGAAACGACGCCGCUCUAAAGCUGUGGCCCCGGAGACUCUUGACUCUUCAUUCGACUCUGGUCUGUACGAUUGCGGUCAUGGUGCCAUGUACUUUUGGAACAAGCCGGAGCUACUCAGGGGCAGACAACUGCUGGAUAAUGUCAUGCCAAGGACAGAGAGCCAUAUCAGGACUAGUUUCAGAGAUUACAGAGAUGCACCGUCAGCCCGAAAAGACGGGAAAGCAAUAACGAGACCGCCCAAGCUCAAGGAGCGCUCAGACUCCUGUCCUGCAGAUGUGGUGUUGGAUAAACGUGCCCAAAGCCCUGUCAGUCCCAAAAGCCCAGUGAGCCCACUUAGCUUGAAAAACCCGCUCAGUCCAAAGAGCCCAAAAAGGAGCCCAAAACUGUGUAGCAGUCCAAAACUUUUGCGACAAAGCAUCCGGAAUCGCUUCCGCCACACCUUCCACGGGGAGAAAUGUUCUCUGUGUGGGUUUGCCAUGGGGCAGGACAGGGUGUCGGCCAAGGGCGCCAUCUAUCACCCGGAGUGCUUCAAGUGCUAUACGUGUGACAAACAGCUGACAUUGCGAAGUUACAGGAAACAAACGAUGGAGGGGCAGCUGUACUGUGAAGCCCAUGCACCUCCGCCUCAAACCAUGACAUCCCAGGAGGUGGAAGAUAAAGUCCAUAUGCACAAUGACUUAUUUGAAAUGCUUGAGAGGAUACAGAGCAAGAGGUUUGAUGACCAGAGGUGUGACAUGUCAGCAUUCAUCAAGGGUCCCGAUUUCUUUGACACUCUUGUCAAAUAUCAAAGUCGUCGUUACGAGGACCAGCGUUGCACCAUGCCUCAGUCAAAGAUUCCAACAACACCAAAAUCUUCAAACAAACCCAAAACUAAUCAAGAGUUGGUGGAAGAGGUGUUAAAGAAACCAGGCCCAUAUCCGAUGAUAGUCCUGCCCCCUGGUGGAGGAUAUUGGCAGGAUGGUUCUGAACAUGAAUGUCAGCUAGACAGUGAUGGCAAUCCCAUAAUUCCACAGACAAGUCCAUCAAAGGUGAAACUGGAGACGGACGAGACUGCUCAAUGUUAUCGAAAACACUUUUUAGGAAAGGAACAUUUUAAUUACUAUUCAUAUGACGAGUCUCUGGGGCCAAUCGUUUUGUCAUACAAAGAAGAAAAUUUGGGGUCACAAAGUCACACUAGGAUUAUAGUCAGAACUCGAUGUUGUACCAGACAUGAAACAGUUCCGUCGUGUCGGAUCGAUGAACCUUCCACUCCAGCCAAAAUGGCAAAGCUUUUAUGUGAAGAUAUAACUGCUGAACGAUUUCAACCAGUGCUAUCAACAAAGGGUUCAGAAAUGGUGGUCAGCUAUGAUGAACAUGUGUUAACCACCAGGUUCAAGUUUGGGAUCAUUUACCAAAGAUAUGGGCAGACCAAAGAAGAAGAUUUGUUUGGCAAUGUGUCACAUAGUCCAGCCAUGGAGGAAUUCCUGACUUUGAUUGGUGAUAGGGUCCAGUUACAAGAUUUCAAAGGGUUCCGUGGUGGAUUAGACACGACACACAGGCAGACAGGCGAAACAUCGGUGUACACAGAGUGUAUGGGCAAGGAGAUAAUGUUUCAUGUAUCAACAUUGUUACCUUACACAGACGGAGACUCACAACAGCUACAACGAAAGCGUCACAUAGGCAAUGAUAUCGUUGCCAUAGUUUUUCAGGAGAGCAAUACUCCAUUCAUCCCAGACAUGAUUGCGUCACACUUCCUUCAUGCCUACAUUGUCAUUCAGCCAAUAGAUCCCAACACGGACAGCACUCGCUAUAAGGUAUCAGUGACAGCAAGAGAUGAUGUUCCAUUCUUUGGCCCAACGUUGCCAACUCCAGCAGUAUUCAAAAAGGGCCCUGAGUUCCGAGAUUUCCUGUUGACAAAGUUGAUCAAUGCUGAAACGGCUUGUUACAAGGCUGACCAGUUUGCAAAACUUGAGGAAAGAACAAGAGCAGCAUUGCUGGAAUCUUUACAUCAAGAUCUUCACAAGAAGACUAUUGAGAUGUUUGGACCAAUCCCCCACCCCGGGAUGAAACAGGAAACUAGUAAACUCUUUGACAGUUUUAAGAGGGCAAUCAGUGGCAAACCACGUUCCCAGUCCGUGGAGACGGGCUACCCGGCCACCUCACGGCGCACAAAUGGAGUCUCCUUAACGCUGCCUCCUGUUGGCGAGGAUGAGAAGCUCCAAGUAAAUGGUAAGAAGUCCCCAAGUGUUAGCAGCAAAACAUUCCCAAGAAAUUCCUCAGGAAGUUUUGAUUCCAAAAAGUACAAGGAGAGAGGGUUGAGGCUGUCAGACACAAACAGCCAAUCCUCUUUCAAGACCUGCAGUCCCCCACCCUCUCCCCAGUCUAGUCCUAGCAGCACAGCAUCAACUUCCAGAUGUAAUCAUGAGAACAGCAUGCAGAUUUCUCCGUCAAAUUCCACAAGUAGUUUUAACAGCAUGGAUGACUUCCCGCUGGACAGAAUGGAGAGAACCAGUCACCAGGACCACGAUGAUUCGGACACUGGCAUGGAGAGUAUGUCCUCAGCUGAGACACCAAACACCAACGUCAAACUGUCCCUGUCUAACAGUUUCGGAGAGGAUGGGGGAUGUGUGUUCAUUGAUAUUGAAGAAUCAAUGACCAAACAAAUGGAAGCACUGAAACUUGAAGUUCACAAACUGAAGUGUGAGAAACUUGAUCUACUCAGGCAAAAUGUGGCCAGCCAAAAAGAAAUAAAACGACUAAAAGAGCGAGAGAUUCGUCUGAGCAGUGAACUUGUGUCCUCUAAUCGUGAAAUACAGCGGUUGAAGUUGUGUAUGAUUGACAUUAGUCCUGAAGCAUCUGUAUAGCUGAUACUAUGAGCAUUUUGAUUGGGUCCUAGUCAAACCUACCAUCGGGACAUUCCUCUGCAUAUUUCUGAUUGGCUAAUACUCAGCUAAGCCAUGAGUCUGAUUGGCUGAUAUAUGUGUCUAAUCUCCAAUCACUACCUGCCAAACAUGAUGUGUUAUUUCAGGUGCUUGCUGGACAGUGUCUGUUGGCCAGUCUGUUCCGUAGCAAUCAACGGAGGAUUUGAUUGGACCAAUUACUGCAAGUGUUGUCUGGUCAUAUCCCUAUGUGCAAUAUGGCUGUACAGAUGCCCUACCAAUUCAAGAUUUUAUUAUAUAUAAAUAUUAUAUAUGUAUAUUAUAAAUACCAAGUGUAAAUAUUUGCUAAAAGUGCGUAUGAUUCCUGUACCCUCCAUGACAGUCAUGUGACUCAUUAUGUAAAUAUUCAUAUGAUCAAUUCCUUGACCUGUUGUGAUCUUGUAUCAAGAGGUGUGCAUGUUUGUAUUUUUGCCCCACCCAGUGCUGUUUCAUUGAGCUGCAAGUUAUGCAUAUUCAUGAACCCUUGAAUGCAAUUUGUCAUCCCCAUGCAGAGCUAUUUUUUCUCACUCAACAUUUUUGGAAUUGUUGACUGUAAGACUCCAGGUUCAAAUGUAUUGUAUCAUAAACAUGUGGCUUGUGAAAAAUGUAAACUAAAUAAAUCCUUUACUUCACUAUGUUUUACAACCAUUCGUAAAAGUUACUUCUUUUAAUUUGUGGGACUGUUUAUUUGUCCAAUUUUACGUCUAAUUUGUGAAAAGAGCCGUACUUAAAUCAAAUUAGCAUUUCUUGUAUGAAAUUUUGUUCGAGUUUACCUGUUUGCUCUUCAGAUUCGGAUCAAGAGAAUAGAUAUAUCAGUCACCAGUAUUUAUCUCUGUAUUUUAAGUGAUGUAUGUAAACUUUUGAGCAGAAUUUUGUGUCCUGUUGUAAAUAGUCAAAUUGUAGGGUUAGAAUAGGAGGAUAGGAUAGGAUUGAUUGAUUCUGCACUUCAUGUUUGCCGAUUAGCCGCAAUUCCUCACCACUGUUAAUAUUUUGUACAAGAAGUUACAGUUUCCAAGUUCAGCUAACUGACAUGCAUCAAUCGUCCAUUCUAUUCAGUGAUGGGUGGAUACUUCUGCGUUGUGCUGUAUGAAAUGUCUGUCUCUCCUCUUCAGCAUCCAAUAAGAAGCUGCAGAUGCUGUACAUUGUGAUCACAUGUUCACUCAGGAGCUCCGCCUUCGUAAUUGUCAGUGUCUUAAUAACCACACCCACUUUUUCCCCCGGCAAUAAUGUAUACAUAGUGAAUGACCUGAGAUGAAUGAUGAAGAAGUAUAAUGGUAAAAGAUGAGGUGUGAUUGUUUGUUUGCACGUAAUGGGAGAAAUUAACGCCUGUAAAUAGGCAGAGGUGAAAUACUUUUCUGCAGUUGUAUAACACCAUUUGAGCUCCUUUUUUUCUGCCUUUAGUGGCUGUUACGAAAGUGUACAGAUACAUGUAUGAUGUAUGUAUGUUUUAGAGUUUUAUUGUUGGCCAUAUAUCGAAUUUAUGUUUUGUUUUUUUUUUUUGUUGAUUAUUUUUUAAAACUGUUCACGCAUCAUUUUAUCCUGAUGAGAUUGCUGUGCCGGGUAAACUGAAGUUUCAGUGUUGUGGGUAAGCUUAGCUAUGUCCACACAAGACUCUUCUGGUCUUGAGAUUUUGGGCGAUAUUUUGUAGAAGUGUCAACUCCCCUUGAGGCUAGUGCUGAACGCUUCAGGUUGAAGAGACUGGGUUGGGGGUGGGAGUUGAUGGAGGUGGAAACAUGAUGUGUAUACUUCAGUUUAGCCGUUAGAGUGUAUAGAAACUAUAAUUUAUAAGAACAAUAUAUAAACCUUUUAAAAGUUUUAUUUUGUUAUUUCUGGUAUGGUUAAGUAUCUGGGUGUGUUUGCCUGAAAGACAUGGACCACUUGAAAUUUGGACGCACAGUAUUGUCAGGGUUUUAAUUUAUGUUCAGUCUUAACUGAUAUUUUCGCUCAUCUUUUGGUAGAAUAUAUAAUACAAGUAGUUACUUUAUCCAUUUCAAAAUUUCCACAGGGUGAAAGCGUACUGUUUCUUUCAUGUAUUCUGGUAAUUAUUAUUCUUUAGCCCUUCUUCAUUCUGCGUAUGAAACCUCUGAGAUGAUUGUCGCAUAUAGUCGGUGAAUUUUUAUUGCUAUUGCUUUUGCUUUUCGGUUUCAACUUCAUCAGUAUCAAAUACCAUGAACCACGAGCUGACGUGUGCCCGCUGCAUUGGGUCUUUGGAGGUGCAGUUCUUCCUUGCAAUGUACGAAGUGCUUCCGUGUAUCAUCUAGUCCAACCGUUUUAUGAUAUUUUUAGUGUGGGUGCGUUGAAAGGUUUACCGCACCCCCAGUACUUCAGCUUAAGAAGCACUAAUCCUUGUUGAAUAUGGUUAGUCCCAAGCAACAAUCACGAAUUCCAGAAAGCUAGUUUUUACUUAAGUAUAAACGUGAAUUGUGGCUUAAACGCCAACAGUAUGUGAGUAUUUCAACUCUAGGUGUCCAGAGUUGAAAUACUCCGGUGACAAGGUGUUUAGCACCGAUCAGCAUUGGAUCUUGAAGCGAUAUGGAUGAUGAAAAGCCCGAUUCGCGAGACAUUGGCGCCAUUCUGUACAGCCAUCUUACUCCAGUAGUUAUCUUACCAGCUAUCACGCUGCAUGGUGCUUUGUGGGUUAUCAACGAAAGGAGCCAAUGCCAAACUGGUUGCGUAGAACAUGAUGUCUGUUUUGAAGGACUGGGGCAACAUGUGUGGUAGCAACUAAGUUGCAUCUUCGAAAAGAAUCAAAAUUACAAAUGUAGACUUUGGUCCAACUUUUGUUAGAUUGAUUGUACACUAUUUACGGCAUCAGGUCUGUAUCCAGCUCCUGGGAAAAGCUGUGGGCAGCAUUCACUCCAGAUCGAGUUUUUGAUGACCCAACAUUGUCUUUAUGCCGAAACCAUAUGCUCAAUAUACAAUGCACAAGGAUGUUGUUUCUGGCAACGCUCAUAACGUUCUUGCGUAUUUACGUCUUCAGCUUCUGUUGCCUAACUUCACGACUGUUGCUGGAUGCAACUCGCAAUAGCACAGCCCCACGGCCUUAAUGUAAUAUUCUCACAUAAAUCCCUGUACUCCCGCUCCACAGCAGAUAUGGACAUCGAAAUCUAUAUCCUGCACUCUACCUCUGUGAGGCUAUACCCCUAUAUGACGGAGCACUAUGAGGGAUGUUAUAUCUGGGAUCUUGGAUUAAUAUACCGUGACCCCUUGGUAAGGGGCAAUACUAUAUAUAUGUUGUGUGAAAUGUACAACGCAAAUAUAUUUGCUAAUAAGCAUAAUAUACCUACGACAAUACUAAUAUAUGUUUUAAAUCAUGUCUGUAAGAAAAACUACCCCGGCUGUUUUAGCCAAUAAAGUACAAAA